CAAAAUCGGGCGCGACCAACUUUCCUUUCAGUUUAUUUAUUUUUCUUUUCAAAUACAUGCUUUUUCUCUAUCUCUGUCGCUCGUCUCCAAUUAUCGCCUCCGACUAGCAACGAUCCAUUCUUUUUUGUUCCUAAAAAAAUCCAUGGAAAACUGGUUCGAGGAUAUUGAAGUUGAAGAGCCUUUUCAGCUUUGGAGACCUAUACCGAACCCCGUCAGGCCUCAAAGCAAUAACCAACCUGGAAUAAGCGGCGGAGCUGUCCCAAACCAGAUCUCUAAUGUAAGCACACUGCAAGCAUCUCAAUCUCCAAAUAUUUCCAACGGUUCUCUUUUGGAAAGAAACGAACGAACUCAGAGGAAAAGGAAAAAUGAUCGGGAAUAUCGGGAAAGAUGUAAGAAUCGCAAAGUGGAAACGGAAUCGAAUUUGAAGAAUCUUGGGGGAGAAAAUGAAUCUUUAAAGAAACAGAAUGAAUCCUUAAGAAAGGAUAAUUUGUUGAUGAAUCAAACUUUGAGAGAUCAGAAAGAAGAGAUUGAUCAGUUGAGGAGUGAUCUUUGUCCGCUUAAGCGCAAGCAUGAGAGGCAAAAUGUUCUUGCGCAAACACUUUCAGAGCUUUUAGCUGAUCCAGUGCGGCUGGAAAAUGAGAAGCUAAAGGAUGAAACUGCUUCGUUGAAGAAGAAUGCCAAUCUAAAUGGUUACUUAGCACAGCUAUCCGAGGAGAAUGCAAGAUUAAGAAUUGAAAAUAAGGUACUCAAGGUGCAGAAUGAUGCUUUAUGUGGGAAGAUUAUCAGUGACAAUGACAAGAAGCGUGAACAAGAACAGGAAGCUAAGAUACUAUGUUGAAGAUAUGCCCCAUGCAUUCCGUUACGGGAUAUAUGUUGUUACUAGGCUUAACUAAAUAAUUGUGAACUAUGCAGUUGAUUUUGUUAAUAAGCUUUGUUCCAGACCAGGUCCUAUUAGUUUGUAUUUGGUUUUUAAAGUUCUGAUAUUUCCAUUAGAAGGAACGUGAGAAAGAGAGUUAGCUGUAGCAUCCUAUAUCCAUGGAUCACGGCUGUGCAUUCUGUUAACAGUAAUACAAAAAAUGAACGGGAGUUAUUGUAGAAGGGAUUGUUAAGCAAUAUCAAAAAGAAUUCUCUCUCCAAC